UCAAGCCUUGCGCUUCCCACUUCCGCCCCCUCUGCCAGCCAUUGGAACUAGCAAAGCCGAACAAGUUGCGGCCGCCGAGCAGCCGGCGCUCCCCGCCUCCUCAUCCUCUCCUCCUCCUCCUUCUUCUCCUUGCCUGGCCGCCGACGUCGCCGCCACCCCGAGGCCUCGCGACCGCCGAGCCCGCAGCCCACGCCACGGCCGACAUGAGCUUCUUGUUUGGUAGUCGCUCCUCUAAAACGUUUAAACCAAAGAAGAACAUACCAGAGGGUUCUCACCAGUAUGAGCUCUUAAAGCAUGCAGAGGCCACACUGGGCAGUGGAAACCUCCGGAUGGCUGUCAUGCUUCCUGAGGGGGAAGAUCUAAAUGAGUGGGUUGCAGUGAACACUGUAGAUUUCUUCAAUCAGAUUAACAUGCUUUAUGGAACAAUCACAGAUUUUUGUACAGAAGAAAGUUGUCCAGUGAUGUCAGCUGGCCCAAAAUAUGAGUAUCACUGGGCAGAUGGAACAAACAUAAAGAAGCCUAUUAAGUGCUCUGCACCAAAGUACAUUGAUUACCUGAUGACUUGGGUUCAGGACCAGUUGGAUGAUGAGACAUUAUUUCCAUCAAAAAUUGGUGUCCCGUUUCCGAAGAAUUUCAUGUCUGUGGCAAAAACUAUACUCAAACGCCUCUUUAGGGUUUAUGCUCACAUUUAUCAUCAACAUUUUGACCCUGUGAUCCAGCUGCAGGAGGAAGCACAUCUCAAUACAUCUUUCAAGCACUUUAUUUUUUUUGUCCAGGAAUUCAACCUUAUUGACAGACGAGAACUUGCACCACUCCAGGAACUGAUUGAAAAACUCACCUCAAAAGACAGAUAAAAGGAUGCAGAUGUGUGCAAAUUAUUCCUCAAAUGAAGCUAUGUGGAAUGCAUUUGGAUUUUGUUUUAUUUUAUUUUUAUCUUGGUUGUUUUUAUGUUAGGUUUGGGGGGCUUGUUUGGGUUCCUUUUUCUUUAUUCUGAAUAAGUGAAACCAUAUACUAUUGCUAGAGGAA